AUGGCAGUGAUUAAGAAAAAUAUGAAGGUUAGUUCCAUGAUGGAGAAAGGUAAACGUGGUCCUCUUCUGCAAAAUGAUAUAGAUUGCAGUUCUCUUUUAGAUGAACUUCAGGUGCGGUGUUCGAACUCGUCCAGAGGUGAAUCCAUACGCGCCAUGUCACCUGGAGCCAGUGCACCGGGUGACAUGACUAUAUGGGAUGAUAUUGGAGAAUCAGAUGUUGAAAAGGAUGUGAUGUUACUCCAACUAGAGAAAGAGUGCCUAGAUUUAUAUAGAAGAAAGGUUGACCAAGCAAACAGGCACAGAGCUCAGCUUCGGCAAACUAUUGCAGAUUCUGAAGCAGAGAUUGCAACUUUAUGCUCUGCGAUGGGUGAGAGGCCAGUUCAUUUUAGACAGGGUGACAGAAGCUUGAAAGAAGAGCAUAAGGUCAUCAUUCAGCAACUAGAAGAUUUGCGAAGAAGAAAGAAUGAAAGAUUGAGUCAAUUUCGUAAAGUAAGGGAGCAAAUACUGUGCGUCUCAACCGAGAUUAAUCCUGAACCUGGCCUUGAGAUAGUUCUUGAUGAAUCUGAUUUGUCCAUAAGAAAUCUACAAGAUCUUCACAGACGCUUAGAUGCACUCCAUAAAGAGAAGAAUGACCGCCUAAGGAAGGUGCUGCACCACUUGAAUACGUUGAACUCUUUAUGUUCAGUGCUAGAUGUAGAUUUCAAACAGACAGCCAGUGAAGUUCAUCGUAGUUUAGUUGGACCCGAUGAGUCAAAAAAUGUCUAUAGUGAUACAAUUGAGAGGCUCAUAAGUACCACGCAGAGACUGCGGGAAGUGAAGUUACAACGAAUGCGCAUGCUUCAAGAUCUGGCAACCGCAAUGCUGGAGCUUUGGUAUUUGAUGGAUACUCCAACUGAAGAGCAGCAGCAGUUUCAAAAUUUAACAUGUAAUAUUGCUGCUUCAGAGCAUGAAAUAACAGAACCAAAGUCGCUUUCAAUGGGAUUCAUCAAUUAUGUGAAAGCCGAAGUUACACGACUUGAAGCGCUGAAAGCGAGCAAGUUGAAGGACUUGAUUUUGAAAAAGAAGAUUGAGCUGGAUGAGCUGUGCCGACGCACACAUCUUGUUGCAGAAAAUGACUGUUUUGCUGAUAAUUGCUUUUCACUGAACUCUCCCGUUGCAGAAUCUCUUGAUUCCUCCCUAGUUUUGGAACAGAUCGAGGCUCAAAUUUCAAUUCUGAAAGAGGAAGCCUUCAGCAGGAAGGAGAUUCUUGAAAGGGUUGAGAAAUGGUUUGCUGCUUGUGAGGAAGAGUCCUGGCUUGAAGAUUAUAACAGGGAUGAAAAUCGUUAUAACGCCGGAAAAGGAACUCACCUUAUGCUCAAGCGCGCUGAAAAAGCCCGUGCAGUUGUCAGCAAAAUUCCAG